ACUUCCGGGUCAGAGCGCGCGUACUUCCUGCCAAGAUGGCGGCGCCCAGCAGAGUCAGGUGCGGGCGGCUCUGAGUCUCGGAGCGGCCGCAGCCCGAGGUCCUGGAGAUCCCCGGGAGCCGACCCCUCAGGACGCCGGGGCUGCCCCAGCGGCGACCACCUCCCGCGCAGCACAGCGUUCUGCACGCACGGCCCAUGGCGGACGAGGGCUCGGGGGGCAGCCGCCUGCCCCUGGCGCUGCCCCCAGCCUCCCAGGGUUGCUCCUCGGGGGGCAGCGGCUCCGCGGCGGGGGGCUCGGGCAACUCGCGGCCCCCGCGCAGCCUGCCGGGCCUGCUGCAGAUGGCGAUCACGGCGGGCGCGGAGGAGCCGGACCCCCCUCCGGAGCCCAUGAGCGAGGAGAGGCGUCAGUGGCUGCAGGAGGCCAUGUCGGCCGCCUUCCGGGGCCAGCAGGAGGAGGUGGAGCAGAUGAAAAGCUGCCUCCGCGUGCUGUCGCAGCCUGUGCCCUCUGCAGCCACCGAGGCCGAGCUGGCCAGCGACCAGCAGGAGCGCGAGGGCGCGCUGGAGCUGCUGUCCGACCUGUGUGAGAACAUGGACAAUGCCGCAGACUUCUGCCAGCUGUCGGGCAUGCACCUGCUGGUGGGCCGGUACCUGGAGGCGGGGGCGGCGGGGCUGCGGUGGCGCGCGGCGCAGCUCAUCGGCACGUGCAGCCAGAACGUGGCGGCCCUCCAGGAACAGGUGCUGGGCCUCGGCGCCCUGCGCAAGCUGCUGCGGCUGCUCGACCGGGACUCCUGCGACACCGUGCGCGUCAAGGCCCUCUUCGCCAUCUCCUGCCUGGUUCGCGAGCAGGAGGCUGGGCUGCUGCAGUUCCUGCGUCUGGACGGCUUCUCUGUGCUGAUGCGGGCCAUGCAGCAGCAGGUGCAGAAGCUCAAGGUCAAGUCGGCCUUCCUGCUGCAGAACCUGCUGGUGGGCCACCCUGAGCACAGAGGGACCCUGUGCUCCAUGGGGAUGGUGCAGCAGCUGGUGGCCCUCGUGCGGACAGAACACAGCCCCUUCCACGAGCAUGUGCUAGGAGCCCUGUGCAGCCUGGUGACGGACUUCCCCCAGGGCGUGCGCGAGUGCCGGGAGCCGGAGCUGGGCCUGGAGGAGCUCCUGCGCCACCGCUGCCAACUGUUGCAGCAGCACGAGGAGUACCAGGAGGAGCUGGAGUUUUGCGAAAAGCUGCUGCAGACCUGUUUCUCCAGCCCUACGGACGACAGCAUGGACCGAUGAAGCCAGGCGGCCUCCUGCCCUCUCCGAGGAACCCAGGCCUCUGCGCCCCUCCCUGUUCACGGGGCCCUCUCUGGAGUGACUAAAGGGCCUCCUUGGUGCCUGGGCCCGGCGUGCCAGACGUGCCAGCAUGUCUGCGUAGGUCCCAGGAGGAGGUGUGGCUGCUUGGACUCCACCUCCCGUGCUGUCCCCGUAUCCCUGUCUCUUGUCCGCGGUCUCCCAUGCUGUCCCCGUGUCCCUGUCUCUUGUCCGCGGUCUCCCAUGCUGUCCCCCGUGUCCCUGUCUCUUGUCCAGUCUCCCAUACUGUCCCCGUGUCCCUGUCUCUUGUCCGCGGUCUCCCAUGCUGUCCCCCGUGUCCCUGUCUCUUGUCCAGUCUCCCAUACUGUCCCCGUGUCCCUGUCUCUUGUCCGCGGUCUCCCAUGCUGUCCCCCGUGUCCCUGUCUCUUGUCCAGUCUCCCAUACUGUCCCCGUGUCCCUGUCUCUUGUCCGCGGUCUCCCAUGCUGUCCCCCAUGUCCCUGUCUCUUCUCCGUGGUCUCCCAUGCUGUCCCCGUAUCCCUGUCUCUUCUCCGUGGUCUCCCAUGCUGUCCCCCGUGUCCCUGUCUCUUGUCCACAGUCUCCCAUGCUGUCCCCCGUGUCCCUGUCUCUUCUCCGUGGUCUCCCAUGCUGUCCCCCGUAUCCCUGUCUCUUCUCCGUGGUCUCCCAUGCUGUCCCCGUAUCCCUGUCUCUUGUCCGUGUCCUCCCAUGCUGUCCCCCGUGUCCCUGUCUCUUGUCCGCGUCCUCCCAUGCUGUCCCCCGUGUCCCUGUCUCUUGUCCGCGGUCUCCCAUGCUGUCCCCCGUGUCCCUGUCUCUUCUCCGUGGUCUCCCAUGCUGUCCCCGUGUCCCUGUCUCUUGUCCGCGUCCUCCCAUGCUGUCCCCCGUGUCCCUGUCUCUUGUCCACAGUCUCCCAUGCUGUCCCCCGUGUCCCUGUCUCUUGUCCACAGUCUCCCAUGCUGUCCCCCGUGUCCCUGUCUCUUGUCCACAGUCUCCCAUGCUGUCCCCCGUGUCCCUGUCUCUUGUCUGCGUCCUCCCAUACUGUCCCCCGUGUCCCUGUCUCUUGUCCACGGCCUCCCAAUAAAGAUGCUUCUCCUGCUUCCUCCUCUGCUGUCUGUCACCCCCUGUGCAUGGAGAGGAUAGGAGGGGCACAAACUCUGGGGACUUGGGAGCCCCUGCAGGAAUAAAGUGUUGCUCUUCAGA